GCCGCAAAUACAACGUUUAAUAAUUCGUUAUCAAUGACUUUUAAUGGCGUUAAUCGUAUACUAUCUAUGUCUAUAUUUGUUGUAGUGUUGUUUUGACAAAAAAAAAAAAAAAAAAGCCUUUUGCAAUUUUUAAAUAAUUUAUAUCUUUAUAGACCACUUUCCCCUUUGGCAAUGGUCCCAAUCUUCCUUCACGGUUAUAGACUCUCCGAGAAGGUCAUUAAAAAGUUGACAGCUUCUACAUUCCACUUUCUCGCCACCACUUUCACCUGAAUUCUCACGUCACUCUUUCUCUCUAAACCACCAUAAAGCUCAAACUUUUUCUCAUUCUCUCUCUAAAGCUAAAAUCUUUUUCACACUCUUCUUCAUGUUCAAGCAAUGGGAAACCUCUGUUCUUUGUUUACUCCGCCAAAACCCGUGAAGAAAAGAAAACCCAUCACAAAAAGACAAUCUUCUAUCGGAGCUUCUUCUUCCGGGUCGGGUCUUAAUAGUAACCGUUGGAACAACCGGGUCAGAUCAUCUUCUUCUAGAAGAGACAACAAGUUCGAAGAUGCUUUGAUUCAAGAACAUGCUCUUGCUGCUGCUGCUGUUUUGUUCCGACAGCAAAACGGUGGUGGAGGAUCGUUGCCGUUUGAUCGGUCGGCUUCACAACGUUAUCAAGGUUCUUGUUCGAAGAAGAACCAGUUGCCUCGAAGCUCGAGUUCGAGGUCAAGGUCUUCUACAGAUCCUCUGUUACAACCUCAUCAGUUUCUUAAUCAGGGUAUAAAGCUAGAUGACUUGGAAACAAACCAUUUUGUCCUUGUUCAUGGAGGUAGUUUUGGCGCUUGGUGUUGGUAUAAAACCAUUGCACUUCUUGAGGAAGAUGGUUUUAAAGUUACCGCUAUAGACUUAGCAGGUUGCGGUAUUAACUCGAUUAAUAUAAAUGGCAUCGCUAGUUUGUCACAAUAUGUCAAGCCACUUACCGAUAUUCUUGAAAAGCUUCCCAUAGGAGAGAAGGUGAUAUUGGUCGGUCACGAUUUUGGUGGAGCAUGUAUAUCUUAUGCUAUGGAACUCUUUCCUUCAAAGAUUUCGAAAGCGGUUUUCCUCGCUGCAGCGAUGUUAACAAAUGGUCAAAGUACACUCGAUAUGUUCUCCUUGAAGGCCGGUCAGAACGAUUUAAUGAGAAAAGCUCAGAUAUUUAUCUACACAAAUGGUAAUGAAAACCCUCCAACCGCAAUUGACUUAGACAAAUCUCUUCUCAAAGACCUUUUGUUCAACCAAAGCCCUUCGAAGGACGUUGCAUUGGCUUCUGUAUCAAUGAGGUCAAUUCCAUUUGCGCCGGUUCUUGAAAAACUCUCUCUUUCGGAUGCUAACUACGGAUCAGUUAGACGGUACUAUAUAGAGACGUUAGAAGACAAUGCUAUACCAGUGACUCUUCAAGAAAACAUGAUCAAUAGUAGUCCUCCUGAAAAGGUUUAUCGGUUAAAAGGCGCCGACCAUGCUCCUUUCUUUUCCAAACCACAAGCUUUGCAUAAACUUCUGCUUGAGAUCGCCAGAAUUAGCCCUGCUUAACUCUUUAUCAUGAUAUUCACUAACUGGUGUUUCAAAGUGUCUCAUCAGAUCUCUCUUCCUCUGUAUUUUUUGUUUCAUUUGGUGAUGUUGUUUUUGUUUCUUCUUGCCUUUUCUCAAAGGUCAUCAUUCUGUAUUUCUAUUUUCUUGUUCUCCUGUUUUUACCAGAAAAAAAAUGUUUAUAAAAAAUGCAUGUAAUGGGACAUAGGGUACAAAUUCGUUUUAUGGUAACCAGAUGUUCAAGAUCCUUAAAGAAGACGUUCCAAUUCUUCUAGAGGGUCUAAUUGACCUGCUCUUGCUCUCAUAAAUCUUCUUGUGUUCUUGUAUGUUCUUGUAUGUGUGUGAAUGUAUUUAUGGCAUUUUUUGACGUGUAUAUGAAAUUCUUUUGAGAUAUAGAAGUUGUGAAUCAAGUUGGCAU